ACGCACACCAUAUUGAAGAAGCGAGAGCAGUAUCUCGGGUAUCUCACGUGUUCGGGCCUGAAACAAUCUCGAUUCUCGCGCCGUUUUCAUUUUAUUUUAUUUUAUUUUUUUUUCGGUCACCCAAAAACCGACGGCGGUUCACCCAAUCGGAAAAUGUGUGUGUAGUGUGGAAAGUUAGGUGCGAUCGGUGUCCAACAUGUUUACACGGUUCGACGCGAACAAAUCGACGAAAGGUGCUAGCAAAUUACGUCGGGAUUUAAUUAAUGCUGAAAUUGCCAAUCUGAGGGAGCUACUGCCGUUGCCACCCUCGACCAGACAAAGACUGUCACAGCUGCAACUCAUGGCAUUAGUUUGUGUUUAUGUUAGGAAAGCCAACUAUUUUCAACAAGCCUUUAAGUGCCAUGACGUAGGAUUACAUCAAAGCCCAACACCAAAUAUUGGAUUUUCAAAAGCACUAAGUGGUUUUCUAAUGAUGACGACGCAGAAUGGUAAAUUAUUAUACAUAUCGGAUAAUGCUGCAGAGUACCUGGGUCAUUCCAUGGUGAGUGUUCUACAGGAGGACCUGUUAAUUCAUGGGGACAGUGUGUAUGAUAUUAUAGAUAAGCAGGACCACCAAGCAAUCCAAUGCGAGUUGGGACGGCCAGUCAACGCGGGAUCGAACAGCAACGCGAACGACGAGUUCCGGUUGUUCCUGUGCAGGAUGAACGUGUCCCGCAACGCCAGAAGACAAAUGCGAUUCGGCGACCAAAAGGUAGUUCUGGUGCAGGGACGUUACCUGUCCUUCCUGCCGUUGUGCAGCAGGAACGAGCCGGUGUUCCUCGCGACCUGCACACCGGUGGCGAUGCCCGAAACGAGGGAGUGCGUAGUUCAAGGGGCGACCAACGUUUUUACCUCCAUCCACUCAAUGGACAUGCGAUUCAUCCACAUCGACAACAACGGUGAAUUCUAUCUAGGCUUUCCGCGCUCGGAUCUGCAGGGGGUGUCUUGGUAUCGGCUGCUGCAUUGGGAAUGUACGCGUGAGGCCCAAACCAAACAUCGGCUCAUAACACAAUCGGAACAAGAACGAUCCUGUAUCCUGUUAGCAAAAUUUCAACGUAGAUCUGGAGAAUGGCUCUGGAUGCACUGCGUCCUCCAAGUAAAAGAAAGCUCUGAGAGCAACCAACAACCCGUAAUAGUGUGCACCAAUCAAGUAUUAAGCGAAGCCGAAGCUUCAGUGAUGAGAACCAACAGUUGGCUCUACCACUACUACUCCGUCCAAAACAAACUGCAAUACGGACUAACCUACGACGUCGGCCCAUCAUCGAGACUACUCUAUUAUCCAACGGAGCACACGCAAGGACCGGAGUUCACAUCGAACCACGAAACCGGCGGAUACUCCCAUCUCACAACGAUGACCCCAUCCUUGCAGCCGCACAUAACCCACCACACGUCCCAGACCCAGGCCCAUCAGAACCAGCAUCCACGUCACCACAGACGGAUCGACUCCGAGCCAGUAGACUACUCAUACAGCAAAAGAAAGCCCAAAGAACUGGAGAAUCUGGAACUGGACGUCGCCGACGUGGACGUGCCGGACAGCGACGGCGGAGGCAGCGGCCUCCUCGUGAUCUCCCACAUGUCCGAACGGCCCAGGACCUUACUGAAAGUGGACCCGAGCGAGCUGAUGGACCAGUGGAACCCGAGCCCACCGUGGUCGGACACGUUGCAAAAGGUGCCCGACCUGUGCCACCAGGAGUUGAGUCCGUACGUCGGUAGCACUCCUCCAACUCCGACGGCUACGCCGAGCACUCACACCGGCAGCGCCUUUUCGUUCGACUGGAUGCCGGAGCAGUACGUGCCUUCUCUGUCGGCCACCCUGACGGUCGACAACGAGAGGCAGAUCUAUUGGCCCUCGGAGCAUCGGUUGUUCCCGUUGCAGCCGCCGCCGAAGAGGAAGCAUCCACCUCCGGACUCGGCGGACCGCGACACCCCUUAAUUUUUAGUAUUGUGAUUAUUUAGAUACCUUUUUUUUGUUGUGCCAAGUGCAAUAUUGUACCGAACUUCAUUUUUUUUUUAUUUAUUUAAAUAGUAGGAGAAUUUCAUAGUACAAUCUAAAUAAUUUAAUCUUAACGGUUUUUAAUUUAAGUUGUACAAAGCAAAUUUUAUAAAUAAUUAACACAUACAAAAUGUUCCUACAAUUAAACACACCUAGGUAUUAUUUGUUUGUUGUUGUUUGUCACUACCAAUUUUCCAACUUCUUUGAAUUAGGAUGAUUGAAAAAUGUUCCCGAACAAGCAGCUCAAACAAAAACUUCCAGUAUUAAUUGAAUGUGUAAUUAUCUCUUAUGUUUAUAAUAUGUAUAAUUUAAUAAUAAAUGAUAUAAUACAAUCUUAGGUUGUUUUGAUUUCAUGUUCUCCAUCCCAUUAGUUUGGUUUACCUCUUCUGAAUGUCAU